CCAGUGUGAGGCCACAGCGGCAUCAUGGCAGGCCACACCGGGCACCUGGCGGCUCUGGUCCUCCUGGGCGUGGCCCUAUGUGCGGCGCAGCCCCGCGGCCGGAUCCUGCGCGGCCAGGAGGCCGAGGCGCACGCGCGGCCCUACAUGGCGUCGGUGCAGGUGGCCGGCAAGCACGUGUGCGGGGGCUUCCUGGUGGCGGCGCAGUGGGUGCUGAGCGCCGCGCACUGCCUGGAGGACGCGGCCGGCGGGAAGGUGCAGGUGCUCCUGGGCGCGCACUCCCUGUCGCAGCCCGAGCCCUCGAAGCGCCUGUACGACGUGCUCCGCGCGGUGCCGCACCCGGACAGCCGGCCGGACACCAACGACCACGACCUCCUCCUGCUGCAGCUGUCUGAGGAGGCCGUGCUGGGCCCCGCGGUGCAGCCCCUGCGCUGGCAGCACGAGGACCGCGACGUGGCGGCCGGCACGCUCUGCGACGUGGCCGGCUGGGGCGUGGUCAGCCACACCGGCCGGCGGCCCGACCGCCUGCAGCACUUGCUCCUGCGGGUGAUCGACCGCGCCACCUGCAACCUGCGCACCUACCACGACGGCACCAUCACUGAGCGCAUGAUGUGCGCGGAAAGCAACCGCAGAGACACCUGCAAGGGCGACUCCGGGGGCCCGCUGGUGUGCGGGGGCGUGGUCGAGGGCAUCGUCACCUCGGGCUCGCGCAUCUGCGGCAACCCCAAAAAGCCCGGCAUCUACACGCGCGUGGCGAGCUACGCGGCCUGGAUCGAAGGCGUGAUGGCCGGGGGCGCGGCAGCCUGAGGGGGACCCGAGGGGCGGCGGCCACGGGCUGAGCAAUAAAAUCUUGUAGUCCUGCA